CACCCCUCUGGGGAGUAUAGGCCUUGAGGCUCAGCAAAUCCUUUCAGAGAAAUAUCUGAAAUAAAAGACAACAGAUAGGGGACGCAGCCAAGGCAGAGGGAGGCAAGAGGGCCAAUAGCCUCGGACAGGGGAAUCGGUACAAUCUGGCCCGUGUUUGCUGAUGAUAAUGCGCCUUUCCAAAGCCCUAAUAGACAUGGAGAUGGCAGAUUAUAGCGCAGCACUGGACCCGGCGUACACCACCCUGGAGUUUGAGAACAUGCAGGUCCUGGCCAUGGGCAACGCAGACACGUCUCCAUCAGAAGCAGCCAACCUCAACACCUCCAGCAGCAUCGGGGUGAGCGCGCUCUGUGCCAUCUGCGGGGACCGCGCCACGGGCAAGCAUUACGGAGCCUCCAGCUGCGAUGGCUGCAAAGGCUUCUUCAGGAGGAGUGUCAGGAAGAACCACAUGUACUCCUGCAGGUUUAACAGGCAGUGUGUGGUAGACAAAGACAAAAGAAACCAGUGCCGGUACUGCAGGCUUAAGAAGUGCUUCCGAGCGGGAAUGAAGAAGGAAGCUGUACAAAACGAACGGGACCGAAUCAGCACCCGCAGAUCAAGUUACGAGGACAGCAGCUUGCCCUCCAUCAAUGCCCUACUGCAGGCAGAAGUCCUGGCACAGCAGAUAUCAUCUCCGGUGUCUGUGAUCAACGGAGACAUCCGAGGGAAGAAGAUUGCCAGUAUCUCUGACGUGUGUGAGUCCAUGAAGCAGCAGCUGCUGGUGCUGGUGGAGUGGGCCAAGUACAUCCCUGCCUUCUGUGAGCUGCCCCUGGAUGACCAGGUAGCACUGCUGCGCGCACACGCAGGGGAACAUCUGUUACUGGGAGCUGCCAAGAGGUCCAUGGUGCUCAAGGAUGUCUUGCUGCUAGGAAAUGACCACAUCAUCCCACGGAACUGCCCCGAACUGGUGGAGGUGAACCGUGUGGCCAACCGUGUCCUGGACGAGCUGGUCCUCCCCUUCCAGGAGCUGCAGAUAGACGACAAUGAAUACGCCUGCUUGAAAGCCAUCAUCUUCUUUGACCCAGAUGCCAAAGGACUGAGUGACCCGUCCAAGAUCAAGCGGAUGCGGUACCAGGUGCAGGUGAGCCUGGAGGAUUACAUCAACGACCGGCAGUACGACUCGCGGGGCCGCUUCGGGGAGCUGCUGCUGCUGCUGCCUGUGCUGCAGAGCAUCACCUGGCAGAUGAUAGAGCAGAUCCAGUUUGUCAAGCUCUUCGGCAUGGCCAAGAUUGACAACCUGCUGCAGGAGAUGCUGCUGGGAGGCUCAUCAAGUGAAACACCGCACGCCCACCACCCCCUGCACCCUCAUCUGAUCCAGGAGAACCUGGGAACAAACGUCAUUGUGGCCAACACAAUGCCUCCUCAGAUGCACAACGGGCAGAUGUCUACUCCAGAAACUCCACAGCCAUCUCCACCUGCGGGCUCAGGACCAGAGCAAUACAAGCUGCUGCCUGGAGCCAUUGCAACCGUGGCAAAACAGCCCACGUCCAUCCCACAGCCUGCCAUCACGAAACAGGAGGUCAUCUAGCAACCUGCAGAGCAGCUGGCCUCCUCUGGAAGGCCAUGUGGGAGAAAAGCCCAAACUGACUCUGUCACUGUGAAAAGAGAAGCCAUCCAGAGGUCCCUGGGCACAAACACACGGACUUGCUGAUUGGACUAGUCCACCACCGCCAAAAGCUGUCUUCCUGCAGCUAUGGACAGUAUGUGCCAUGGGCAGCCCUGAGUCCCAGAACUGAGGCUGAAGCCCUACUGAAACCCUCAGUCCUUGUCAGAAGGGCCAGAUUCCUGCCUCCCCCUGUGGGGAGAUGGCAGUGACUGGCUGGGGACAGUGCAGCUGGCUGUUCCCCCACUGCCACCUCGGCCCUGGUUCAGCACACACCAGAGCCUGCCAACAAGGAAUUCUCUGUGCUGUGUGAACGGAGAGCUCCCCUCCCACAACUCCCCAGACAGUCCCUAGUCCAGCCAAACCUGAUGGAGAUGGAAGCUCCCCCAGGAGCAUCACAGCAGGUGAAGCACAUGGGAUUUGCCCAGAACUGCUCCUCAGCCUUGGCUAGUCCCAGGUCUCUGCGGGGUGUCACCUUCCAGCACACUAACCCCCCCCAGCCAGGUCUAACAAAUCUUUUCAGCUGAUACUGGAGCAAAGUCUGGCCCACCAAGAUUGUCCUCUACUUGGAUCCUUCUGCCUUUUGAGGGGUUUUGUAAUUUCUGUGCCAUGCAUGCCCUCUCACCACAAGGCUCAGAGAGGAAACCACUGCCAAAUCCUUCCCUUACACCACUUACUGCCUCCUGGGCUGGGAAUUUGGGGGACCAUGGGAUUCCAGAGAUUUCAGCUAAUGGGAUGGGGUCAUCCUCACACAGGCUGGUGGCACUGGCCCAAAAUAUCACUGGCCUCACUACUGUUCCUCAGCAGUCAGAAGAAGACCACAGGAUGCCUUUUUGGAAGGAAGUGGGGGGAAGGAUAUAAGAAGGGGAGAGACCUGUGAGGGUGAGAAGAGCUUGAGCCUCACAGAUUGGACCCAGGUCUCGGGCUGCCCAAGUGCUGGGAGCAUUGUGACUCAGGAUCUCAGUUCAGACCCAGCUUUAAUGCUAAGAUGUGCCAUACAAUCCACUUCUCCAGUCCAGUGCCACUCUUUCAGCUCAGAAUGAGUGGCUGAUAACAGAUUUAUAGGUCUUCAUAACACGAUAAGAAUUUCAUUGCGACUCCUUCAGGCCUCAGAAGGUUUGAGGGCAGCAACCUCAAAAAUACAAUGCUCUGAGUCCUGCAGGGACGAACGAGAGGCCGAGGAACAGCCCUGUCUCACCCAAGCCCCUUGGGUCUGCCCCAGCCUUGGGUCUGCCCCCGCCUGCUCUGCUCCCUCCUGCCCCCAGCCCUGUUUCUCUGUGCCUGCCUGUGCCAAAGCCCCGUGGAUGUGACCUUUGGUUUACAGCUGGAACCAGGAAAGGAGCCCUCCUGCCCUCCCACCUCGCUGGGGGCCAGCAGGGCUGGAGCUCUCAGAGCCCUGCACGACCUGAGUCACUUCUGGCCUCUCGGGAGGAUGGGGAUGGUGGAACCACAGCUGGUGGGGAUGAACCCGAGCCAGCUCAGCCAGAGGAGCUGCAGGUCUGUCCCUUGAUUUCCAGGGCAGAAAUGAACCGCCUCUCCUCGUGCUGAUGGUGUCGGACGGGUCCCGUCGCCUCAACGCCGCUGGCAUCGCACCCAGUAAUUUAUUGCAAUGAUGAAUCCAAUCAUUUUCUGUAAAUUAUUUUGUAAAUCACAUUGAUUAUUUAUAAUUGGGAGAUUGAAUGCAAAAAAAACCCACCCCCCCAUAAUAACCCGGCUGUCUUUUCCAACUGCAGCAACCUUUUAUUCUGUACGUAGACAUGUUCAGUGGGGAAUCCUUUUUGGUCCAUUUGCACCAAGUAUUCCUCGAUAUUGUACAUUAAUUUUUGCUGUUUUCUGCCUUCCAAUGGAAACAGGAAUAUUUCUUCACUAGAGUUUGUAUUCAUUAAAAAAAAAAAGAAAGAAAAAUAAAUGCAAAAAUAUUUUCUAACUUUUCCCAGACAGAUGGAUUUCUUUCUCCUGGGAGGAUUUAUUGUAAAUCAAGGGGCUCAACCUCCCUGUUGCUCUGAGCACAAAGCAUAUGUGUAUUGAGGAAAAAGCCCAAACAAAUGUUUGAUGGUGUUGCCAGCUGUCACUAUUUCCUGGCAAGCCUAAUGCUAGCUGGUGUCUGUCCUGAAGCCACGUGUGCUGGAACCAUGAGAUUGAAUAACAACCCCAAUUUUCAUUAAAAGAAAAACAAAUGCGAAGAAUAAAUAUUUGCUUUCAUGAUUCCAGGGAGCUUAAAGACUUGAAGUAACCACAUUCUGAAAGCCAA